ACUUCCUGCCCGCCCCCCCCCCCACCGGCGCUUCCUGCCCCAGCCCCAUAGAGCGCGAGCGGGGCAGCGGGACCCCCCCGGGCCCGUAGGGACCCAUAGGCACCACUCCCGGCCCCAUAGUGACCCCCCGGCCCCAUAGUGACCCCCCGCGCUCCGCAGCCCCCCCCAGCCCCAUAGCGAUUCACAGCCCGUCCUGCUCCAUAGGCUCCCCCAGCCCUAUAGAGACCUCCCUGGGCGCCAUAGAGACCCCCCCCCCCAGCUCUUUCAGCCCCAUAGUGUGUGUGUUUCCGCCCCCCCCGGCCCCAUAGGGAGCUGCUGAGCGGCGCCGUGGGGCGCGGGGGGUGGCGAUGUCCCGUGGGGCAACCGAGGGGGCUCCCGCGCCCCCCCCCGCCCCGCCGCCCCCCGGGCGCCCCACGGUCUAUGUGCUGCUGGAAGGGCCCAGCACCCCCGACACCCUCCGGCUGCUCAGCCUGAGCUCGGUGCUGCCUGAGUCGGGGAUUGUGGCUGACAUCGAGUGGGACACCCCUGGGGGGGAUCCCCCCAGCGACCCACCCGCGGACGCCCCUGGAGACGUCCCCCCCUCGGACCCCCCCGGCACCUUCUACUGCCUCAAGAGUCAGCCCCUGCCCCACAGCACGGGCCCGGCCCCCUCCACGGCCAUGGCAGCCCCCCCCGCGGCCCCCCCCUCGUCGCGGGUGCUGCUGCGGCAGCAGCUGAUGCGGGCGCAGGCGCAGGAGCAGGAGCAGCGGGAGCGGAGGGGCCCCCCUGGCCCCCCUGCGGCCCCCGGCCCCUCCCCCGCCAUCGCUGUGGGGGCGCCCCAGCCACGGGCACCCCCCCAUGUGCCCCCCGAGGUGCUCAAGGUCCAGACCCACCUGGAGAACCCCACCCGGUACCACCUGCGGGCGGCGCAGCGGCAGCAGGUCCGGCAGUACCUCUCCUCCGCCCUGGGCCGGGGCCCCCCCAGCCCCCCGGGGCCCCCCCCCGCCCCCCCCCCACCCCACAGCCCCCUCACCCUGCUCCACAUCGGGCCUGGCUCCGAGAAGGAGAUUGAUGAUGUCAUCGAUGAGAUCAUCAGCCUCGAGUCCAGCUAUGACGAGCUGCUCAGCUUCGGCCCGGCUGAGGGCGGCCUCCAGCUCCCCAGCACGCUGCCGGCCCCUGCGCCCCUGUUGGAGGUGUUCAGCCCCCCCCAGGGCGGCAGCAGCUCCUGCCCGGCCGAGCUGCCCCGUGUCAAGGCCGAGCUCUCGGAAACGGAGGCGAAGGCGCUGCUGAAGGAGCGCCAGAAGAAGGACAACCACAACCUGAUCGAGAGGCGCAGACGCUUCAACAUCAAUGACCGCAUCAAGGAACUGGGGACCCUCAUCCCUAAAUCCAAUGACCCGGAAAUGCGCUGGAAUAAGGGCACCAUCCUGAAGGCCUCAGUGGAUUAUAUCCGUAAACUGCAGAAGGAGACGCAGCGUUCCCGGGAGCUGGAGCUGCACCAGCAGCGUCUGGAACAGGCAAACCGGAGCCUCCAACUCCGGGUCCAGGAGCUGGAGCUGCAGGCACAGCUACAUGGGCUCCCCCUCACUCCUCCGGUGGCACCAGCAGCCGAGGGGGGGUGCGAGGAGGCCCCUGGGGGUCCCCCCUUUCCCCCCGGGGGCCCCCCCACUCCCCAGUGCCUCCUGGACCUGGCGGUGGCUGAUGACCUGCCCCCUGGCCUGGGCCUGCCCCUGGGGCUGGGGGGGCCAGAGGGGAGCUUCGAUGACAUCCUGAUGGACGACGGGGGGGCGCUGUCACCCCUCGGCCCCCCCGGCGCCCUCCUUGCCUCCCCGGGGCCCUCCCGUGCCUCCAGCCCCCGUAGCAGCCUCAGCAUGGAGGAUGACCCCUGAGUGCUGCCCCUUUAGGGCCCUUCGGGUGCGGCCCUUUUAAGGACCCUCCCUCACUGCGUGGCCCUUUUAAGGCCCCCCCCACUCCCAACACCCCGAUGGCUGGUUGAGGUGGGCCCCACAGGAUCCCGUUCUGAGGCUGUUAAAACGGGCGAGCUCUUCUUAAAGGUGGCGUUGCCCUUUUAAGACGCCCCAUGGGUGGACCCCACCUUGGAGGCCCUCGGUCGGGCACCGCCCUUUGGCGGGGUUCUCCCACUGUGUGGCCCUUUUAAGGUGUCUCCUUAGCCCCGCCCCUCAGGGAAGCCUUGGCCCCGCCCCCGUCUGGCCCCGCCCCUUCCCGGCUUUCUGCCAAUCAACGGGCUCCUGAGGGCUGGGCCCUCAGCGCGAAGCCCCGCCCCUCCCUGCUGGCACUCACGUACGCCCCGCCCCUCGCCCUAAGCCCCGCCCUCUCUCACAGGCCCCGCCCACCGGCCCCACUUAAAGGGGCCGCUCCACUUAAAGGGGCCGGCCACUACCCCCCCCUUCCCCCCCCUGCUCCUCCCCGGUUUUGUACGGAAACGGUCCCGUGGGAAAUAAACGUUUGUUAACGAGGA